AUGGGCCGAUCCAAGCCCCCCCUGCUCGUCCUCGCCUUGGCCGCGAGAAGCGGUGACUGCUCAAAGCUUGUCAUGAUCCUCCCCCGCUACAGCAAGGACAGGGUCGAGCUCGAAACGUCCCCUGGCUCUCUCAUAGAUAAGAUCAAGAUGGAGGGCCAUAAGAAGAUCAUCAUGGUGAUUGUUGAUGGCGACGUCCAGGCUGCUGGUGAGACCAAGAACACGCAGGACUUUCUUCUCGACGAAUUGUUCGCCGGCGGCACCGGUGAAGUUUUCCAGAACGGCUACUGCGCUAGAUACGGCUUCUUCACUCCCUGCACAGUUCAUCAUGGCAUCUAG